ACGGACAUAUCCUAUUUUGAACGAUCAUCAAAUAAAUAUUUUUUAAAUCAACCUUUACAAUCUGAAAAUUUUCUAUAAUUUCUCAUUUCAACAGAGUGGAAAAUCUCCAAGACAAUCGAUAACUCCCUGGCCAUCAUAUGACCACUAUCGAGUGCACAUCGCCAGCCCUGCGACCGCUCCGAGCUCCACAACACGAAAAACAGUCGGAAAAACACAUCAAACUAGUGCUGUGUUUGUAGUUAAAUAACGAUUAUCUCCAUAACUCGCCCGCACCAGCAAUGCAGUUCACGCUCCGUCAUGUUGUUUCGGCAGUAGCCAAGACUCCUCUGCGCACCAAUGCCGCCAUUCUGGGUGCCCUUAACGCCCGCUGCUACUCCAGCACCCACGAGGCGGACAUCGUGGUGAUUGGCUCCGGACCCGGUGGCUAUGUGGCCGCCAUCAAGGCCGCCCAGAUGGGCAUGAAGACGGUCAGCGUGGAAAAGGAGGCCACUCUGGGCGGCACCUGCUUGAAUGUUGGCUGCAUUCCCUCAAAGGCUCUGCUGAACAACUCCCACUACUACCACAUGGCACACUCCGGGGAUCUGGAGAGCCGUGGCAUCAGUUGCGGCAGCGUUAGUCUGGAUCUGGAAAAGCUUAUGGGUCAAAAGUCAAACGCUGUGAAGGCUUUGACCGGUGGCAUUGCCAUGCUCUUCAAGAAGAACAAGGUCACACAGCUGACGGGCUUCGGCAGCAUCGUCAAUCCCAACGAGGUGCAGGUUAAGAAAUCCGACGGUUCCACAGAGACGGUCAAGACCAAGAACAUCCUCAUCGCCACCGGCUCGGAGGUUACCCCCUUCCCUGGCAUUGAAAUCGACGAGGAAGUUAUUGUAAGUAGCACUGGCGCCCUGAAACUGGCCAAGGUGCCCAAGCAUCUGGUUGUCAUCGGCGCCGGUGUCAUUGGUCUGGAGCUAGGUUCGGUAUGGUCGCGUCUGGGCGCUGAGGUCACUGCCAUUGAGUUCAUGGACACGAUCGGCGGCGUGGGCAUCGAUAACGAAGUCUCCAAGACGUUCCAAAAGGUGCUCAUUAAGCAGGGUCUUAAGUUCAAGCUGGGCACCAAGGUGACGGCUGCCUCUCGCAGCGGCGACAACGUCACCGUGUCCGUUGAGAAUGCAAAGUCUGGCGAGAAAGAGGAGAUUCAAUGCGACGCCCUGCUGGUCAGUGUUGGACGUCGUCCCUACACCGAAGGUCUGGGUCUCGAGGCUGUGGGCAUUGUUAAGGACGACCGCGGCAGGAUCCCCGUCAACGCCACUUUCCAAACUGUGGUGCCCAACAUAUACGCCAUCGGCGACUGCAUUCACGGACCCAUGUUGGCGCACAAGGCUGAAGAUGAGGGCCUCAUCACCAUUGAGGGCAUCAACGGAGGCCACGUGCACAUCGACUACAACUGCGUGCCCAGUGUGGUCUACACGCAUCCCGAGGUCGCGUGGGUGGGCAAGAGCGAGGAGCAACUGAAGCAGGAGGGCGUAGCCUACAAGGUUGGCAAGUUCCCCUUCCUGGCCAACUCUCGUGCCAAGACCAACAACGAAACCGACGGUUUCGUCAAGGUUCUGGCCGAUCAGGCCACCGAUAAGGUCCUGGGAACCCACAUCAUCGGACCUAGUGCUGGCGAGUUGAUUAACGAGGCUGUGCUGGCCAUGGAGUACGGAGCGGCUGCCGAGGAUGUUGCCCGUGUUUGUCAUGCGCAUCCAACAUGUGCCGAAGCCUUGCGUGAGGCUAAUGUGGCAGCUGCCUUUGGCAAACCCAUCAAUUUCUAAGCACUUCCCAAUCCCUGCCAGAUAGUGAAGAAUUUUGCACCGCGUUUGAAAUCUUUGGAUAACCCCUAUUCGAAAAAUUAUCCUGACGGCCGAAACGACAGUCUCCGCAUAUUUGUAACUCUCAAUGUAGAAACUGAAAAGUGGAAAAUAUAAAUAAUGGUAAUGGCGCCAGGCGUUAAUUGCAAUGUAAUAUGUGUAUUAAGAUAGAAUAAAUACAACACACUUUGAAAACUCGAUA